AAGUACUAUUACCUGCAAUCUUGCAUCAGUUUUUCACAAUGGCAAAAAGUUUAAGGAGCAAAUGGAAGAGAAAAAUGCGAGCAAUUAAGAGGACAAGAUAUGCUGUUAAAGAACUGAAGCAACUAAAAAGUAUUCUUGGCAAAAGCGAAAACAAUGACAGUGAAAUGUCUGAAAUCUGUACAGUGCUUCCAACAGGAACCCUUAGUAGUCGGAGUAAUGUAAAGAAAGAAAGUACUACAUCUGAAAAUAAUGUUGGUGCUGAUGUAAUGGAGGUGGAUACUCCCAAGCCAAAAUAUCAUCCUAAAUUGCUUAAAAAUGAGCAUGGCAACUAUCCAGUAUGGAUGAAUCAAAGAGCAAUAAAGAAACAUAAAUCUCGAAUAGCCAAAAAACACAAAGGAAAGAAUUCGAAAAAAUAAACAUUGUAUGUAAAAAUGAUGUGUUAUUGGUGUAUAAAUUGUGCUUUUUCCAUCUAA